CGGAGGAGCGGGGUCAGAGGGCGCGGGUCAGAGGGCGGGGGGCGGGGCCGCCGGGCGGACAUGGCGGCUGCCGAGAGGCCCGAGGCGGAGGUGGAGGAGGCCGGGCACGUCUUCCUCUUGAUGAAGAAGGACUACCGCAUCUCCCGUAACGUGCGGCUUGCCUGGGUCCUCAGCCGGCUCCACCAAGUCAUCUGGGCUGUGCCCGAGCCCGAGCUGUUGAAAUCAGAAAACGAGCUGGAUGUGCUCAGCAUCCUGCCCAAUGGAUGGCAGCCGGAUGAGCCCGUCCAGCCCCGGCCCUACCUCCUGGUGCCCUCCACACGCGUCACCUUCCUGGCCCGCCAGUACCGCUUUGUGAUUGAGCUUGAUCUGAGUCCUUCCACUGGCAUUGUGGAUGACUCAACAGGGGAGAUCAUUUUUGAUGAAGUGUUUCAUGCCCUUUCCCGAUGCUUAGUGGGGUUAUUAAGACCCUUCCGUAUCCCUGGUUCAGACAUUAUUUAUCAGCCCGAGAUCUUUGUCACCAUCCAGGCGUACUCCUCCAUCAUUGGCCUGCAGUCCCACCAGGUACUAUUCCAGGGAUGUCAGCUGGAUGAGACGAAGAGAGAAGCCUUUCUGCACCAAGUUUACACACAGCUGUGUGCCUUUGAGAACAAGGUGGCGGAGAUGCUCCAGCAACAGUAUGAACCCAAACCACAGGUGGAUUUAUCGCCCCUGAGCCAAGAGAGCCCUGGUGAUGUGCAGGAGCCUUCUGGGAGGAAGCCCAGCGUGUCUGUUGUCACUGCUGAUGUUGGCCUUGUCAGCAUGGUCCGACAGGGAAUCUUGGCACUGCAGCUGCUACCCUCGAACUCCAGCGCAGGUAUAAUAAUAAUUACGGAUGGUGUGACUAGUGUUCCUGAUGUGGCUGUGUGUGAGACUUUACUCAACCAACUCCGAAGUGGCACCGUGGCCUGCUCCUUUGUCCAGGUGGGCGGUGUCUACUCAUACGAUUGCAGCUUUGGCCAUGUUCCCAAUGUGGAACUGAUGAAAUUCAUUGCCAUGGCCACUUUUGGUGCUUACCUCUCCACGUGCCCUGAGCUGGAUCCCCUGAGCCUGGAUCUGAACGUGUAUCACAAGGCUUUUCUGCUGUACUCCUUUCUGCGUACUGGGGAGUCCCUGAAUCCAGAAUACUACUGUGUAUCACAGCACAGACUGUUCAAUGAGCACCUGGUGUCUGCAAGCAGCAACCCUGCUCUGGCAAUGAGGAGGAAGAAGCACACUGAGAAGGAGGUGCACGCUGACCUCGUGAGCAUUGUCUCAGUCCGCCUGCGUGAGGGCUACAGCAUCCGUGAGGUCAACAUCACAAAAGGUGGAUCUCAGCUGGAGGUGAAAUUAGUGCUGCUUUGGAAGCAUAACAUGAGAAUAGAGUACUUAGCUGUGACACCUUGGCCCCUGGACCCAUCAAAGCGCAGCACAUGGGUGGAGGUGACGAUGGAGGGAAGCUAUGACAUCUUGCACGACAUCAGUUGCACCAUGAGGAAACCUAUCACCAGUCUGUACCGCACAACAGUUAUCCGGCGCUUCUGGAACACCUUGCAAAGCAUCAACCAGACAGAUCAGAUGUUGGUUCAUCUGCAAUCUUUUGACACAGUACCAGAACACUUCACCAUUCCUGAGAGCACCAAGAAUGGAGUGCCCCUCUUCUACAUCCCUCCAGGCUCGACCACUCCGGUGCUAUCCCUGCAGCACAGUGGAUCUGACUCAAGCCAUUCCCAGUUUGCCUCCUACUGGAAGCCUAUCCUUUCCAUGGAUGCCAACUUCUGGCAGAGGUGGCUGCACAUGCAUCGUAUUGUUCUCCUUCUGGAGCAUGACACGCCUGUGCCCAAGCACCUGCACACUCCAGGCAACAAUGGUCGCUACAGCACCAUCCAGUGCCGCAUCUCUCAUUCUGCUCUUACCUCUCUGCUGCGGGACUGGAGCAGCUUUGUGCUGGUGGAGGGCUACUCCUACGUCAAACUGAUGCAUAGCUCUGAGGAUCCUACUCCCUCCUCGUUUUAUGUGGUGCGGAUCAUCUCCAAAGCUCCCUGCAUGGUUCUCCGCCUGGGCUUCCCCAUUGGCACACCUGCACAGGCCAGGAACAAGAUAGUGGAGGAGUUACGGGACCGAAUCCUGCAGUUGCGCUUUCCUCACAGGGUCCAGAGCAAGGAGGCAACUCCAAAAGCAAAGAGGAAAAUGUUGGGCAGUAGUUCUCCCUCCAAGUCUCCACCUGUGGCUGGAGUCCAGUCCGCCCUCUCAGACAGGCCCUGCCUUGUUGUGCUGCACAAACCCUUGGAGAAGCUGCUCAUCAGGUACGAGAAGCUGCCUUCUGACUAUCGAGCUCCCUUCAUUCUCAACCUGGAGCAUCCUCCAGUGUCUGGCCCACUCACCAUGGUGGCCAAUCGUACUGCCUCGUCCACCCUGGCCUCACUGUCCCGCUACUUCUAUCACCAGCGUUGGAUAUGGAGUGUCCAGUCGGGGCUGGCACCAGCUGUGCCCAUCACAGCAGUAGCCCAGCUCCUUUCCACGCUCACAGAGGUCCGUCUGUCAGAGGGUUUCCACUUUGCAUCCAGUGGGGAUGGAAUUAUUAAUAUGGUGCUGGAGCUGCCCAUACAGAUUGAUGGCUCAAGUGGCAGCAGCAGCAGCAGGGAGAAGCACACCUGUGUUGUCCAGUACAUCCUCUUCCCCCCACACUCUACCUCCACCAAGGACAGUUUCUCCACAGAUGAUGACAAUGAUACAGAAGUAGAGGCCAUUGAGGUGGACACAGAACUGAACCUGGUCACUGAGUGCUGGGUAGAGCCACAGAGCGGCCAUGUCCACAGUACUGCUGAGAACUGGAAGCACCUCCAUGGCUUGCCCUACCAGAAAAUACCUAAAGCGCUCUACCCACGGGACCUUGCAUGCAUUGCCACCAUGCUGACAUUUGAAUACAUCAGCCAACUGUGCCAGAACAAGGAGUGGGUCUGUCCUCCUUCAGACACCAAAGCUGCUGAAGAUCCAGACAUGGGGGCUGGUUUCAGAGUGCAUGAGGUCCCAUUCCAGUUCAACCUCAUGAAGCUGUUGCCCAGGUGUCAGCAGGUUGAAAUGUUCUUCCUAAUGUUGACAAAAGAGAAUGAGGAGGUGACCAAGGACUCUUCGUUUGUGCCCAAUGAAAUGCUACUAAACCUCUUCCAUGGCUGCCUGCAGCAUGACCUCAGUGAUCGGGAGAUUCCCAUGGCUGAUGCUGAUCAUGUGGCCUUCAUGGAGCAGGUUCUCCAACGGGAUCGUGAUGGUCACCAACCACCCUUCGCUCUCCCUGUGAUCCGAGGUUGGUCUCUCUGCUCCAUUCCAGAAGAAACCUUGAAAGCCUCUGGGACCCUGGAGCAGCAGGACACUUCUGCAUCCUAUCAUCAUGCUGGCAGCAAUGGCACCAGGGAUAUUACUGGCUCCACAAGUACUCUGCAGAGCCUCGGCAACACAGAGCUUCCUGAGGAUGAUGUGACCUUGAGUGACACUGUGGGGCCUUUUCCCCCGCAGUGGCGAUGCUAUGCAAAGCUGGUCAACCCACAGCAUGUGUUCCUGACCUUCCUGCCAGCCACAUUCUCAGAUGUACAGAAGCUGAUGUCUUGCGGAUUGGACAAAUCUCCAAAAGAUGAGAGUCGAUCUGGAGAGGGUACUCUGGGACCUGUCUGUGCAGAGCAGGACAGGGCUGGAGCUGAAGAAGGAGAUGCUGCAGUGCCAUUACCUACCCUCAGCGUAACACCAGUGCAUGAAGUGAGCCAUGACUCUGGAGAACAGAGUGGCCCCUCACGGAGAGAUGUACAUAUCUCCUUCUGCCGCCAAAACUCACAGUCUGAGCUAGGCGAGUGUCGCCGAUUUCGCUGCCCCAUGUAUAUCUACAGCUGCUCUUUAGAGCUGUUACGAGAGCAGCUUGUCAGCCCACGGACACAUCGUCCUCCCCGGGACAUCUUUUUCAGGUCCCAGUCUCUGGAACGUCCUCCUGCUGCUGCUUGGUUAGAUCAUAAGCAUAAGGAGUUGGUGAGUUACUGCACACUGCUGCAGGAGCAUUCCCACCAGUGCUACGUGAAAGGGCUGUUCAAGAGCCUUCAGCAAUCGCACAGCAUCAGCUCCCAAGACCUACUUACAGCCAUGGACUAUUGUGAGGAGCUGCUCCAAGAGAUUGAUAUCACCAACUUCCUACUGACGGUGUGCAGCCAUGUCCGCUCCUUCCGAGAGAGCCACCAACAUUUCCAUACACACCCUAAGGCUGCCAGCUUCGAAGUGGGCAGCAUAGAGCAAGAAGAGGAGCAGAGCUCUAGAGAACGUGGUGUCUUGGUCUCUGAAUCAAGUGCGGAAAUGGAAGACUACAGUGAGCAGGACUCUCACAAUGUUGCUAGCCCCACAGAGGAGCCGAAGAGCAGUGUGGGCACCAGUUGCUGUUCAGAGUUUCCCCUUUCACUGCUGGAAAAUGGACAGCCCUGCCAGGCACACCCUGACCUGCGUAAAAUCAUCCAGGAAAAGUUCCUGGAAAUUGGAAGUUUACAUUUCAAGCCGGUGCCAUCAAAUCCUCACUAUUUCUUCUAUUGCCCACCAUCAGCUAAGAAAGAGGAAGAGGCAUCUCGGGAUCAGGCAGACAGGAAAGGCAGUGAGGACGUGGAGGUAUCAGAACCAGAACUGGCAGCUGAAGAAGGUGCUGUGUCUGGGUGCUGCAUUGCCACAGAGAGUGACCCAGAGCUGGAGGUGGAAUACCGCGAGAAGCUGGAGCAUGAGUUCCCAGACACAGAUUCCCUCUCAGAUUCCAACACAGUGAACCAGGAUGAUGAUUCCUUCAGCGUGCUGGGAGGGGACUCGCUAAAUGAGCAAGAGUUCCUGGAGCAGGAGAUGCCCCCACUCUUUGUGCACCUCACUUGCUCCGUGAAGCUGCGUAGCCAGCACAGCUCCAUGCCCGUGCGGUCCCUUCCAACUUGUCUAGGGGAAGUACUUUGCUGCCUGGAAAGCUGCCAGGGCUUGACCGUCAUUGACUUGGGGGACCUCUGUGUGACUCUGGACAUCUUUGUGCUGACCCUGCCCCUGGAGAUAGAAGUUGUGAAUGCAGACAUUCUCCACAACAGAUGUACCUCAGAGAGCAGCGUGUCCUUCACCCGCUCUCCAGGGCAGCCGUCCUCUUUCCGCUCAGAUGAGGAUAUCAUGCACAACUUGGACCGACUCCCAUCCACGGGAGAUGAGAGGCACCCUGCGCUUUCCAACCUCCCUGGAGUGCACAGGCAGGCUAUUGAAGCUACUAUGAAUGAGAUUCGCUGGCUUCUGGAUGAUGAGAUCGUGUCUGCGCUGCGCCACUCACAGGUCAUCAGCACCUCCAUCCUGCACCGGGUGGCCACCCACAUCUACAACUCCAAGGGGCGGCCCAGCUGCCACAGCGAGGUGGUGCUUCUCCAGUUUGUGUUUGGACCUGAGCACUCUCUGGAGAAGUUCAAGGAGGAGUUCAGAAGAAUGGCCCUGCCAGGCUAUGUGAUCAAUGCAGAAGGCAGUGACUAUCACUACAUCUCCAUCAGCCGCCUGCACUCGAGGCAGGCAGCCCCAAACCCUUCAGGGAUGCCGUGCUUACAGCAGCAAGCCGGGGGGAGCACCGGGACAGCCCUGGGCCAGGCAGGCCGGGAAGGGAGCAGUGAAGCAGAGGCCGAGAGCUCUGAGCUGCACCAUGUGAGCUGUGUCCUCCCAGAAGAAUCUCGGGGUCUCUGGGGGUGGCCAGAGAGUGAGAUGCGCGUUGUGCCAGACACAGGAAACCCCGUAGGUGGGGGCAGUCAUGCUCAGGAUGAGGUCACAGGAGAAACGCUGAGCCUUGAGCAAAGCAGAGUACCUGGCCAUGACUCCCUGGAGGAGGCAGUCCUGGAGACGACCAUACAAUCCCUGCCAUCUUCCUCUUCUGAAAAGGGCAACAGUGAGAAAUCACCAUUAGUGACACCAUCUGCAGCAAGCCUAGCUGACUCUGUAACACAGGGCAGGGAAGGCUCCAGCAAGCAGCGUCCCAGCCGCGUGCAGAGCCUUGUGUCAAGCCAGGGCAGCAUGGACUCUGACCACUUGGGUUACGAUGGGGGGAGCAGUGAUUCAGAGUAUGAUGAGGCAUUAAUGAGCGACCAGGAACCUAAGUGUCCUCUCAUGCCUGAUUUCUGGCUCAUCAUAAAAAUUGAGCAGGACCGAGUGGAAGUCUAUUACCACACACGCAGCCUGAGUGUGGAGAAGGCAGCAUCGGCAGAGAUAGAAGAGGAGCAGCCAGGGGAGUGCCAGAGUCUCAACCAGAUGGUGGUGAAGAAGAUCAGUGAAAUCUGCAGGGUUGUCAAUCAGCGCUUACUGCUGCAAGACCUGCAUGACAGCCACAUAUGCAACUCAUUGCUGGUGGCAGAGAGUGAGGAGGACAUCUGGAAGAGUGAAACUCCCUAUACGUCCUACAGGCAGCGUGUCAUGCCAACAGAUGAUUACUCAGUAGAAGAGAGCUACCAGCCCCGGGACUACCUGGCUGCCACCAUGCAGUUCAUGCCAGGGCACUUUGCUUGUGAUGUUGUGUGGAGCACACUCAUCCACGUGCAUUCACGCCUCAAGAUGGGCCCCAACAUGGGGGUCUCGCGAGCUAUCCAGGCGCUUCGCUCGGUGCUCAACGCCUUCUCUGUGGUGAACAGGAAGAAUAUGUUUGUCUACCAGGAACGUGCCACUAAAUCUGUUUUCUACCUCCGACUGACUGAAACCACCAACAGUGGGAAGGUGUGGGAAGCAGAGAGCAGCAUUAGUCCAGGAUCUCGCUCGUUGGCACUGACACGCAGCCAGGAGCCCAUUUACACUGAGGAUCUAACAGGCUCUCGUUCCUCUCUGGACACAGCCUCAUGCCGCAGCAUGGACUCUUCCCGCCCAGUGGGACAAGUAGACAGGCACAUCCAGCUGAUGGUCCAUGGCGUUGCCCCAGCAGGGCCUGAGAUCACAGAUGAGCUGGUAAAAGUGCUGCGUAGGCGCCUGGAUGAGGCCACUCUGGAUAUCAUCACUGUGAUGCUGGUCCGGAACUGCAAGCUGACCCCAGCCGAUGUGGAGUUUAUCCAGCCCCCUGGGACACCACCCACAGAGGUCCUGCAGUUUGCACUGCCACCCUCUGCUCUGCCUUGGCUGCAGGCAGUGGCCUACUAUCUGCGCCAGAACCUGCUCAUCUUCCUGCACACCCCGAAGUACACAGACAGCAACGUGGAGCACCACUUCAAGCACUACUUCAGCCACAGUGGAAGUGUCCCUGACCAGGAUCUGUACCUGUACAACAAGCCAGGAGGCCAAGGCACUGGUGGCAAAGGAAUUGCGUGCAUUGCGCUGACAUUUGUGGAUGAGAACGGCAGCCCCACCACACUGCCCCACAGAGAGAAACCAGACUCUCCUAAGGUGCCCCUCAUGGACCUGCUGCAGGAUGCCGACUUCGAAAGCCUCACUGCGGUUAGCAAGCACCAGCCAGAGGCUGGCUCCCAGCAUUCAGAGCCCUGUGUGCUGGUGCGCCUGGACAUCUGGGAGAAGGGCAACAUUAGCCUGCUGCAGCUGUCGGAGAAGCUGCGUGGGGCCCUGCGCCAUGCUCUGUGUGAUGCCAUCAUGGAGUUCCUCGUGCUGCCAGCCCCACUCUGCGUGGAGGCCUCCUGCCCACUGAGCGCCCCAGACCUGGAGGAGCUGAGCUCUGCAGCAGGCCUAAGGAGAACCAUGUCAGAGACCAAGGGUCUGGCCAUGGGCACUGGUGGGGCUGGCAAAAGCUGUCCUCCACCACUACACUUCACCUCUGCCCCAUCAGCCAGCCCCGGGGAGCCAGUGACGCCCACGAGCAAGCUGGGACGCCGCAGUUUCUGGGACAUGCUGAGCAAGGCUGAGUCCUCAGAGCUGGGCAGCCCCAAGACUACCGAUGACAUUGUGCUGGAGAGGCCAGAAGAGGCUCGCACAAGGCGGCGGCAUAAGACUGAGAAUGUCAAGCAGCACCUGAGCCAGGAUCGGGCCUCAGCCACAGCUGAACUGGAGCAAGCACAGCGGCGCCGAGCCUGUCAGUUGGAAGAAGGAGAUGUAGGCACCAUGCACUCGCUUUUCAAUCAAACCUGCCAGCAGUGGAUGGCAUUUAUGAACCACUUAGGGUGCCCAUCAGUGCAACAGUGCUCAGCAGAGAUUGUGUCCCGUUUCCUCCUGUCCUCCAUCCUGGUGGAAGUGGUGAACCUGGUCACUUCCCUAGCGAGUGACACCACUGUCAAGGUGUUUGAGAAGAUCUGCUGCCAUCGGAGCACUGCCUUCUUGCCCUAUAAACCUGGCCAGAGCGCCAGCCCUCGCCCUGCAGCUGUCAGACACUUCAUCCUGCUGGGACGCAACUUCCACCAGUGGCGCUGCAGCACGGAGCAGGACAGCAGCAGCGAGGAGGAGCAGCCAGUCCCACCUGCUCACAGGUUCAGACCUCACAAAGGGCUCCAGCGCUUUGAGGCCAUGGAAUUCAGCUCAGCAGAGAGAGGCUCUGACCCAAGCAUUGUUGGGCGAGACCUGGCACCUCGACAGAGAUUCCUCUUCAUGGAGAUUGUUGACAAAAAGCUGACACUUUACACCUACAACUGGUCCCCAGACCUGGGGGCCAACUUGAACUGCUCACUCAUUCGCCUGCUGCAGUGGCAGAAUGCCCGUUCCCACAUUGUGCACUGCUUGAUCAGCCAGAAGAUGGGACUCUUCCACCACCACUGCUUCAUGGACCCACCGUGGCAUGAGGACAGUAAGCAGGAGCCAAAUCCUUUCCUGAACUCCACUUUGGAGGUGGAUGCACUGAUCCGGAGCUCCUGUCCCCCACCUAGCAAGGAACAAGGCCGGCUGAGCAGCUCUGCACGCAGCCUGCCGUCUCUGCAUUUCCAUCCUGAUGUGGUGCCCUUUGACGAAGCUCUGCGGGAUGUUACCACUAUCAAACGCAUACCCCAUGGGCCAGAGUUCGGACCCUUUGACCCUGUGGCUCGACAUGGGGCCCAAUUCCUGGAAAUCAAAAGCUUGGAGAGGAAAGAACUGGAGAAGCAAAUGAAGAUAGAGAAUCUCUUUGUGACCUGGCAGCAGAGAUCAGCACAGUCAAACAUGCCUAUCAGUCUGUCAGACCUGGAGACCCUGAAGCAGUCCUCGCGCCUUGUUCACUACUGUGCUACACCACUGCUCUUUGACCCGGCCUUCCGGCAGCAGAUCCAGACUGAUCAGCAGGGCAAGGUAGAGGGGAAAAAGCGCCACCGCUCAAAUGAUUCUACGGCAUCAGGGAGAGAUCGCAGCCACAGCUGUGACUCAACGGAAUCACUGCCCUGCAAGCUGAAGGAGGAGCCCUGGCUGCAAGAGAUGUGUAAUGCCUUUUUGCAGCAAUACAUCCAGUACCUGCAGAGCAUGGGCUUCAUUCUGGUCCAGGUGCGGCCGCCGUCACCUACCACUCGCAGUAGCACAAGUCGGAUCCGAGCUCUGGCAGCUAUGGGAGUGGAGGGGAGAGGAUCCUUUUCCUAUACAAAACCAAAAGCAGAGGGGAGUCCAAAGAGCACAAGCCCCGCUGUUGCCACCUAUCAUCUGCAGAGAGCUCUUCCAGGUGGGAUAGUGCUGAUGGAGCUGGCCUUCCAGGGCUAUUACUUCUGUGUGAAGCAGUAUGCAUUGGAGUGCUCGCGGAUCCCCAUGGGCCAGUCUGUGAACUCUCAGCUCUCCAUGCUCUUCACGGAGGAGUGUGACAAGGUGCGGGACCUCAUGCACGUGCAUUCAUUCAGCUAUGACUUCCACUUGCGGAUAGUCCACCAAUAUCUGCUGGGCUCCCACAUGACGCUCCGCCAGGGGUACCAUCUCACAAGCUUCCUGGAGGAUUUCAUUGCCCAUCACACUGACAUCCCCAAAUUUGGUCGCAACCAUGUUUUCCAAGGCAUGCUGGCCCUGCCCACCAACAUGAUCACUGCACACCAGCUGUACAACUACAUUGCUGACCACGCCAACACCUACCACAUGAAGCCGCUGCGCAUGGCCCGGCUGGCUACGGGCAUUGACAACAAGAAGGGGACUCCAGGCACAGAGCAGAAUGAAUACGCAUUGGUUUCUAUCUGGAACAGCUCGGGCUCCUACAAGGAUUCAGAAGGUCUGCGUCAUCAUGAUGAUUUUGAUGUGUCCCUGCUGGUGUGUCACAGCGCAGCACCAUUUGAGGAGCAGAGUGAAGCAGAGAGGCGCAUGCUCCGCUUGCGUUUCUACGUCAUCAUGACCAGCCAGAGGGAGCUAUUCCCCCGGCUCACGGCUGACAUGCGGCGCUUCAAGAAGCUGCCGCACUUGCAGCGAGAAGUGCUGGAGCCCGUGGUGGGCCAGGCAGCGUGGGAGGCAGCGGAGCCGGAGCCGAGCCUGGGGCGGCCACAGCCAGUGGAGCGGGAGCUGUGGCAGGACAUGGAGGACAGCAGCGAGUUCUACGCAGGGGGCAAACAGGUCCAAGUGGGGCCCGGGCUCUUCUACACCUCGCCGCUCUUCCCCUUGCUGGCCUCUGAGGUGGCCUCGGCCCAGAAGCAGCUCAGCAGCAUGGUGCAGCUGGCCAAGUGCCACUGCCGCAGGGACAACCUCUGGAAGCGUCUCUUCCUUCUGGAGCCUCUGGCUUCUGACAAGCUGAAGCUGGGCAAGCUGUCGUUGGUGGAGCUGGAGGAGCUGCUCGAUGCCGUGCACGGGAAAUCCAUUGCGGAUGUGGACCCCCAGCUGGGAUGCUUCCUCACCAUGACAGUCUCCUGGUACCAGAGCCUCAUCAAAGUGCUGUUGAGCCGCUUUCCCCAGAGCUGUCGGCACUUCCACAAUGCUGAAACUGGCACCCAGUACCUGGUUGUGCUCAACCAGAAGUUCACAGAUUGCUUCGUUCUCGUGUUUCUCGAUUCUCAUUCAGGAAAGACGAGCCUCACCGUGGUUUUCCGGGAGCCAUUCCCUGUGCAGCCUCAGAACAGUGAGAGCCCUCUGCCACAGCUCGUGUCCACGUACCACCACCUGGAGUCGGUUAUCAACACUGCCUGCUUCAAUCUCUGGACAGGACUGCUCUAACAUUGCCACCCCCUCCUGCAGGAAUACGCACUGCACCUGUGCAUGCCCGUGCUGUGGGUGAUGAUGGGGAAGAGCAGGCUGCUGCGUGGGACCUGCUCACAGCACUGCUGGCAGCAUGCACGCCACCAAUGUGAUGAGCCUUGGGCUGGGUGAGGGCAGCCCAGCUGCACCUCCCUUGGUCCCUGGCUGGCUGCUGUGACCCUGGGGACAGGUUUUGGUGGGUUUGAAUGGUCCUGCACCAAAGGCCACAGACAGGGGCUCGGCUGUUGCAGCCUGGCUGAAGCAGGGCAGCUCUUGGGGAUGUGGACUUCGGCACCUGCCAUGAGUUCUGUCUGGGAAGGACAUGGAGGUGCAUGGCGGUGGCACGGUGCCUUCAAGGGAAAACUUCUGCACCUUUAGGCAGGGGCGUGCCUGCUUCCAGCCCUUUGGUCUCAGUAGGAGCGCACUGAAUGGGAUAAGAAGGGUGAAUGGACAUGGGGAAGGUUUUGUGGAAAUGUACAUUAAAGCUAUGGAUAUAUUUGUGAAAUAAACUGAAUCAGAUCCCC